AUGGAGCGGCCGAAAACUUCCAUCACCAUUCUUCCCCACAUAAACUCCACAUCUCUUACCUUUCCUGGGACUUCCCGUCCGAGAAUCGACGAUCAUCCAGCUGUUGACCAACACCUCCCCACAAUGACCACUUCUCUACUCAAACCUGACACCCCUUCUUUUGCAUCCCUACUCCACUUCGUUUUGCCUUCCCACCACAUUUCACACCCACCCACACGACCUUACACGUUGACUUUUGCUUCUCGUGACUGCGCGCAGGAGGCCGCCAUUAUUCCUGGAAACAGCAAAAAUUUUCUGAUUAUACAACUCUCUGUCUGUCUAUCUCGUUCCCUCUCUUUCUUUCUCCACCUUUCCUUUCAUCAUAAAUACACCAGAUAUAUAAUCUCUCUCUCUCUCUCUCUCACUCAUUCUCUAUCCCUCUCUCUCUCUCACACACAUUCUCUAUCUCACUCUCUCUCUCUCUCAUUCAUUCUCUCUCUCUCUCACUCAUUCUCUAUCUCACUCUCUCUCUCCACUCAUCCUCUAUCUCCAUCUCUCUCACUCAUUCUCUCUCUCUCUCACACUCAUUCUCUAUCUCCUCUCUCUCUCUCUUUCUCUCUCUCUCACUCUCUCUCUCUCUCUCUCCUCUCUCUCUCUCUCUCUCUCCACUCUCUCAUUCUCUAUCUCAUUCUCUCUCUCUCACUCUUCUCUCUCUCUCUCACUCUCCUCUAUCUCUCUCUCUCUCUCACUCAUUCUCUCUCUCUCUCUCACCUCAUUCUCUAUCUCUCUCUGUCUCCGUCAUUCUCUAUCUCUCUCUCUCCUCUCUCUCUCUCUCUCUCUCUUUCUCUCUCUCUCUCUCUCUCCUCAUUCUCUGAUCUCUCUCUCUCUCUCACACUCAUUCUCUAUCUCCUCUCUCUCUCUCACUCAUUCUCUCUGUCUCUCACACUCAUUCUCUAUCUCACUCUCUCUCUCUCUCACACUCAUUCUCUAUCUCACUCUCUCUCUCUCACACUCAUUCUCUCUCUCUCUCUCACACUCAUUCUCUAUCUCACUCUCUCUCUCUCACACUCAUUCUCUCUCUCACUCUCUCUCUCACACUCAUUCUCUCUCUCUCUCUCUCUCUCUCUCUCUCUCUCUCAUAAACGCAUAUAG